AUGGAGACAUCACAGAGGCCCAUGCUUCUUUUUUUAGGGAUAUACAUUUUCUCAUUGCAAUGGAUACUGACCCAUCAGCAAGUCAAUGUGGCCUUAGGAGGAAAAGCAACACAAUCUUCUUUAUACACUAACAAUUACUAUGCUUACUUUGCUACCGAUGGCAACAGAGAAUCUGACAUGCUUUACUUCUCAUGUACACACACAACUGUUGAGAAUAACCCAUGGUGGAGAGUGGAUUUGUUGGCAGUGCACGAUAUUAGCACUGUAAUCAUCACUAACAGAGGCGACUGCUGUCCAGAACGGAUAGAUGGUGCUGAGAUUCACAUUGGCAACUCCUUAGUCAACAAUGGCAACAAUAACCCCAGAUGUGUCGUUAUCUCUAGCAUCCCUGCUGGUGCCUCUGCAAAGUACAUGUGCAAUAUGAGAGGUCGUUAUGUGAACAUCAUCAUUCCCAAUGUUAACCAGGUUCUCACUCUCUGUGAAGUGGAAGUGUAUGGGGUUCCAGUGCCUGUUACUAAGACGGCAUUUCUGAGAUUAAAGUUUAACAGCAGUGAAGAUCUCGUCAACCCUACCAUGAGGGACAAAGUUCUUCAGAAGAUGAAAUCUGCCAGUGUCCAGUCAUCAGUAUUUCAGCUCCGUUGGACAAAGGAACCAGAACUGGAAACUGAAACUUAA